AUGGGACAGGCAGUGACGACCCCCCUCCCCUCCCUGACCUUGGACCAUUGAACGGAAGUUAGACAUAGGGCACAUGACUUGUCAGUUCAAGUGAAGAAAGGACCUUGGCGAAUGUUUUGCUCCUCAGAGUGGCCAACGUUUGGAGUCGGCUGGCUGCCUGAGGGUACUUUUGAUGCAACCAUAAUCUCUUCUGUUAAAAGUCUUGUUUUUCAGCCUGGACCAGGGUCUCAUCCCGAUCCGCCAUACAUCGUCGUGUGGCAGGGCCUGGUCCAAAACCCUCCACCAUGGGUCAAACCAUGGGUGACCCAGAGGCCAGACUCCCGAGUUCUGGCUCUCAAAGAAUCAGACUGCAAACUGAAAGUACGGACUCAGAGGAACAGCGGCACGACUCAGCCCAAGAGUCUGCCCCCUGCACCUUCCUCUCCUCCUAAAAUUUAUCCAGAGAUUGAGGAGCCUCCUGAGUGGCCUGAGCCACCACCACCUCCCCCCACUUACGGUUUACCCCUUACCCCAGAUUCUGAAGUUGGAGGAGUGGCUGGAGAUGGGCUGGUGGCAGGAACUAGGAGCCGCCGUGCCCAGAGCCCUACACAGGGACCAGGAGUGCCUGACUCCACUGUGGCUUUACCCCUCAGAGCAUACGGUCCCCCGGUGGACCCUCCCCAGCUCCAGCCUCUCCAAUAUUGGCCUUUCUCCUCUGCAGAUCUUUACAACUGGAAAAAUAACCAUCCUUCUUUUUCUGAAAAUCCGGCAGGGUUAACUGGCCUGAUGGAGUCAUUAAUGUUUUCCCACCAGCCCACCUGGGAUGAUUGCCAACAGCUUUUACAGGUCCUUUUCACUACUGAGGAGAGGGAAAGCCUUCUGGAAGCCCGCAAAAAUGUGCCUGGAGUGAACGGGACCCCGACUAACAUCCCUAAUGAGAUUGAUGCUGGAUUCCCCUUGGACCGCCCCAACUGGGAUUAUAACACCGAGCAAGGUAGGGGGAGGCUGGCCGGCUAUCGCCGGACUCUCCUGGCAGGUCUCAAAGGGGCCGCUAGACGACUCACCAAUUUGGCCAAGGUAAGAGAAGUUUUGCAGGGACCAACAGAAUGCCCUUCUGUGUUUUUAGAAUGAUUGAUGGAGGCCUAUAGACGCUACACCCCCUUUGACCCGACUUCUGAGGGUCAGCAGCAGGCGGUGGCUAUGACCUUCAUGGGGCAAUCAGCAACAGAUAUCAGAAGGAAAUUACAGCGCUUAGAUGGUCUGCAGAAUAUGUCCUUACAGGACAUAGUUAGAGAGGCUGAGAAGGUAUUUCAUAAGAGAGAGACAGAAGAAGAAAGGAGAGAGAGAGAAAAACGAGAAGCAGAGGAACAGAGAGAGAGGGAAAGAAGAGAAACUGAAGAAAGGGAGAAUAGGUGGGAGCGCAGGCAAGACAAGAAUUUAGCAAGAAUCCUGGCCGCAGUAACAGGGGACAGGAAAGAGGUGAGUGUGAGACCUAGGCAGACAGGGUACCUGGGCAACCAGAAGAUGAGAACGAGCAAUGGGGGACAAAGGUACCAUCUAGAAAAAGAUCAAUGUGCCUGCUGUAAGAAGAAAGGCCACUGGGUGAGAGAAUGCCCUGAGAGGAAAGGGAGAAUUCCGAAGGUGCUGGCAUUAGAAGAAGAUGACUAGAGGGGACGGGCCUCGGACCCCCUCCCCGAGCCUAGGGUAACCCUAAAAGUGGAGGGGACCCCCCUGGAUUUCCUGAUAGACACCGGAGCUGAGUAUUCUGUACUCCAACAACCAUUAGGAAAACUAAACAGCAAAAAGACUGUGGUGAUUGGGGCAACAGGACAGAAAAUGUACCCAUGGACUACCACUCGUACUGUAGACCUAGGUUGGGGAGAGGUGACUCAUUCAUUCCUGGUCAUUCCUGAAUGUCCUGCACCCCUUCUAGGAAGGGAUUUGUUAACGAAAUGGAAGGCUCAAAUUAGAUUCACUCAGGAAGGACCAAAAGUGGAGUGGGGGAAACCUUCCUCUAUGGUUUUGGCAUUUAAACGUGAAGAUGAAUAUCGGAUGCAUGAGGUCCCUGACCAGGUAGAAACUUCUGUUCUAGACAAGUCGCUGAAGAGGUUCCCAGAUGCCUGGGCAGAGACUGCUGGCAUGGUAAUGGCUAUACAAGCACCUCCAGUUGUGGUGGGACUGAAAACGGAUGCUACCCCUAUAUGCGUCCGACAAUCACGGCUCCCCACACAUAACAGCCUGACUUGGGGACUGUUCUUUUAUAAUCAUGGAGGAGGAGCAGGUUCCAACAUCCUCGUCCGCCUAAAAGUUGAAAGUCCCCCUCCUCAGCCAAUUGGCCCCAACCGAGUGCUGCCUGAAAAGAGACUCCCUGCCCCUGUACCUGCCCCUGCCUUUGCCCCAGCAGCGCUUCCAAAGCCACCCACUAAGGCACCUCCCAAAUCACUUCCUACUUCUACUUCUCCCCCCUCCUCAAAUACUGGGCAGAGACUAUUCAAUCUGAUACAAGGGGCAUUUACUGUAUUAAAUGGUUCUGACCCUAAUAUGACAGAAUCUUGCUGGCUCUGCCUAGCAGCAGGGCCUCCGUAUUAUGAAGGCAUUGCAGUGCUUGGCCACUUUAAUAACACCACCCAACAUGAAGCUUGUGCCUGGAAUAGUAGAAACCGGCUGACACUCACUGAAGUCUCCAGAAAAGGAACUUGCUUGGGUAACCCACAAGCUGCUUAUAAGCAUCUCUGCAAUGAAACUCUUAAGAGCCCAAGAACUACUGAUACCAGGUAUUUGGUACCUGAAAUAGAUAAAUGGUGGGCUUGUAGUACAGGACUAACCCCUUCUGUGUCCACCUCUGUUUUCAAUGACAUCACAGACUAUUGCGUGCUAGUCCAGCUAGUUCCUUGA